CGGCAUGCAGAAGGCAAUACACACACGAACCAUGCCACGUAUGUGCGUGCUUGACGCUUUGGAGAAAGAGCAGGUGCCAAGGGUUUGCCCCAGCGCACAGCACCCGUUGCAUUCGCGCGAGGGCGCAGUUCUCCUGGGGAAGCCCAAGCCGUCCAACCCCGCGGGCGCGUUUUGCUGUAAAAUUAUAACCCGCGGAUGCAGCAUCGCAGCAGUCAAGGACAGGCAGGCGACCCAGACCCAGACCUACUCUCUCCCAGGAUUCACCGCGGCCCUUCGACUGCUGCUGAUUCAACGAUUUGCAGCGCUUCUGCUCGGCGAACUAGCCUUAUUUAGGUCUGUGGGCUUCAAGGGCUGCGAGAAGCCUGCAGCCCUUUUCUCCACCGACAGCGACCUUGGGCAGCAGCAGCAGCAGCAGCAGUUUGUUGGUGCGGAGCGGCAGCGCGCUCUAGCCACUCGCUAGCUAGCCGCCGGCCUCAGAACCAGCUUGCAAGCGGCGUCGCCUGGGCCAACACCAGCUGCAAGGCGGAAUGACUGCGAGGCGCACCCGGGCCAGGUCGGGCGUAGCAGCAGCAGCGGCAGCUGCAGCAGCAGCGGGAUAUGAUCCGGCAC